GUCGUACGGUGUCACCUCCGGGGCUCGCUCGCUGCGUCUCAUCGUUGGGACCGCGACAAGAUGGCGGACCUGUCUCUGGACGAGCUCAUACGGAAGCGCGGUGUGACGGUGAAGGGAAGACUUAACACAAGGCCGGUGUUUGGGGGUGUAAGAUCUCGCAUUGGGAUCCAGCAAAACCUUCUGAAUAGAUCAUCACCAGCUGUGAGCUUCCAGCGGACAUUUGAUGCCCGGCAGAAGAUAGGACUCACUGACGCCCGGCACAAACUGGGGGUUAAAGAUGCUCGAGAAAAACUGGUUCAAAAGGACGCUCGGUUCAAAAUCAAAGGGAAGGUUCAGGAUGCUCGAGAGAUGUUGAAUUCCCGUAAGCAGCAAAGUGUUGCUGCUGAAAAGGUGACCAAAGUGGUGGAUGCCAGAGAGAAGAUCAGCUUAAAAAGGAGCACUCCAGCUGUUAUCAGCCCAGCUAUGGGGACAGUAAAUCCAGCCAUGAAAAUCACCAAAACUAUCCAAGUAGGUGAACAGAAGGCCAUUCCUGGACACUCUCAUCCAGCAGUUCCUGGACACUCUCAUCCAGCAGGAAUGAGGAUUAAUGUGGUGAACAAUCAUACACAUAAACAGGGUCUGUAUGACGCAGAAGAUGAUGAUGAAAGCGUCUCUCCCCUUCCUAGCAAACAGAUGAAAAUCACCACCACAAACAGUUUCCUGCACAACUCAACUGGUCUGAGCAGCAAUAAAUUCUCUCUGUCCAAGACUGUUCCCCUGACUAAAGUGGUCCAGAACGAUACAUACACAGCUCCACCUGCACCUCCCCCUCCUAUGCGGACAAAGGCCUUGACAAACAUGUCCCGGACCUUAGUGACAAAGGAAGAGCCUCCGAAAGAGCCAGCACCUGUUGAGCUGGCAUUCAGUCCUUUGGAAGGCACAAAGAUGACCGUAAAUAAUCUGCAUCCUCGAGUUACAGAAGAAGAUAUUGUUGAGUUAUUCUGUGUGUGUGGCGCUCUGAAGCGAGCCAGGCUGGUGCACCCUGGAGUGGCUGAGGUAGUAUUUGUGAAGAAAGAAGAUGCUAUCACAGCAUAUAAGAAAUACAACAACAGGUGCUUAGAUGGUCAACCAAUGAAAUGCAAUCUUCAUAUGAAUGGGAAUGUCAUCACCUCAGACCAGCCUAUAUUGCUCCGACUGAGUGAUACCCCUUCAGUGAAGAAGGAAGGGGAACCACGCCGGUCAAGUGCAAGCGCCUCCUCAAAUCCCCCAGCUGAAGUGGACCCUGAAACUAUCUUGAAGGCACUCUUUAAAUCCUCAGGGGUCUCUGCCUCUGUGCAGCCCACAGAAUUCAAAAUUAAACUCUGAGAGGGGGGAGCAAGCAGUGGACUGGAAAACUCAUAUAAGUUGGGGGAUGAGGAAAGUGCAGGAGUGCAGAUGUUAUUUGCAUUUGCCUAUCCUGAAAUUUUUUGUUUUCUAUGAUCGCUACCUUACUGUACAAUAGUGUUUUCUCUUGUGUGUGUACUUUCUGUUUUCAUAGUUGGAGUUUUCUUCCAUGAUUUUUUUUCCCAAGAAAAUAACCUCCCCCUUCUGCCAGUAAUGUAUUACCAAGCAUAUACCAUGUAACUCCAUCCUUUACUCCAAAGCCCCCGGUGGCCAUUAAAGGUGCACAUAGACUUCGAGGGAAGGAGUGGUGAUCUCCUUCUCUUUUUUUCUGACUGACCUUUAACUAAAAGGUGCAUCUCCUUGAUUGUCCACAGGCAAGAGCACCACGUUGUUUCUGAAGUUGCUGCGCUGGGUGCACAGGCAGGUUGGGCUCCAUCCAGAAAGGACUUGUAUGCAUUUGGUGGCAUAACUCUUCCUUCUGGCUGUUGGACACUUUCCUGCUCAGCAGUUGGGACACUGAGACGAAGCAGGAAAAGCUGAGCUGCCAGCAGUGUGUGCCAACAGAGGCAUCAGGCAGAAAGGACAUAUGCACAAGUGCACCAGACAUUGUGCUAUGGGCAGGGGUGUUUCAACUCUGGUAGUGCUGGAGGGUUGUUCUGGCACUUGUAUAAGGAAUAUUUGUACUCUGGAGGGUCAGGCUCAGUUGCUCUCCUCUUUCUGGACUGAAAAAUUAAGAACCAGUCAUGCUCAGAGGUAGAAGAAACCCAGCUGUUUGACUCCCAUUAGACUAAAUUGCCUCCUGCUGCUGAUGCAUGGACAUGAGUUUCUUUCUUGCCUUCUAACUCAGCCAGUCUCCUAUAAAAUGGAAGGACCUGGGAGCCUUUUCAGAUCCUAAUAUACACAAAGUUUUGUGUCUGAGAACUCGUUUCUUUGAGAGAUGCUAUUUGGGCAUUGUUUGGCUGCUGUGCAGUUAUGCUGCUGGCAUGCCUGGAUUUGGAGGAUGAUUCCUGCAGUGUGUGGCUUCAGGGAGAGGUUUAGGAGCAGAGGGCAGUUAGUGCUGUGUAAGGAGCACAGGAGAAGAGCGUCAAGUCCGGUGCAGGGCGGCGAGGACGUGGCGUGGGCCAGCGAGUGUGUGUGACAGGCCACUAGGUGGCACUUCCAGUACUUCUCAUUGUUUGUCCUGCAUUGGCGCCUUGGAUGUUCAAAGUCCCAGUGGGUCCACUCGUUUGUGUUUGUUCAAAUCGUAUUGGAAGAGACGAAAGCUGAGAGCAACUUCCAGAAUCUGGUUGGGGUUUGAACUUGAUCCUACUAGGUGGGAGACUAACCUAAUCCAUUUUGUUCAGCUCGCUGAGUAGCUUCUGUAAGUUCAGACUCCGUUUCUUGGACAACCCCAUGUUUCUUUUGCUUUCUUGUUCUGUAAGAACUCUUUCUUCUAUCUAGCUUGUGCAGACCAUUCCUCUAUCUCACUGUAUCCCUUUUAGCCAUGGAAAUAAUAAGGACUUGGCAGGACUUGUUUUUCUGGAGUACUCUUUGGUUUGAAGGCCAGUGACGCCAUGAUUGGUAGGGUGCUUCAUGUGAACAGCAGAUGUUUGUAGGGGAGAGGACCUAAGACAGCUAUUGUUCUCCUUUUUUAGAUUGCCCACCAAAUACCUGUGUUUUAAUAAAAAAAAAAGUGGGGGGGAGGAGGAGGAAACAUUAGGGGUUGGAGAAGAUAAUGUAUUACCUGUUUCUGAAUAAACGUUUGUUAUACAGAG